UUUCUACACAAAUUAUCAAUGUUCAGCUCAAAACAGUCUGCAGAACUGGGAAAAACAGGUUUUCCCAUAAUCUUAUGGCAAGAAGAAAUUGAUGUAUUGUAAGAUGGAGAAUAAAGUAGUGUUAGUGUUGACAUUGGGUUGCCUAGGUUUUCUGGCAUUGCAGGUUAAAGCCCAACAAGCCACGAAUGUGAGGGCAACAUAUAAUCUUUACAAUCCUCAGAAUAUUGGGUGGGAUUUGAACAAGGCCUCUGUUUACUGUGCCACUUGGGAUGCGGACAAGCCCCUCGAUUGGCGCAAGAAAUAUGGAUGGACAGCUUUCUGUGGACCACUUGGCCCAACCGGACAAGCCUCUUGUGGCAAAUGUUUAAGGGUGACAAACCGAGACACUAAAGCUCAGACCACCGUGAGAAUAGUUGAUCAAUGUGCCAAUGGAGGCCUAGACUUGGACAUUAAUGACUUCAACAAGAUUGACACCAAUGGCAAUGGAUACAAUUCUGGUCAUCUGCAGGUGGAUUAUCAAUUUGUUAACUGUGAAGACAACAUAAAGAAGGUCAUAUCAGUCAACAUAAUACUAAAUAUAGAAUGAAAAGACAGAGAUGGGAAUAAUGAACCAUGAAUCCAAGGAUAGUUAUAGUUAUGGGUUCAAUUAUGAAGAUAAUAUUGAUUUUAUGUGAGCUAUGGUUUUACAGUUGAG